AUGGCACCUAGGACAACAAAGAAAGGUUCUAAAGAAGAAUUUCACAAGAAUCUAAUUCAUGUUGCUGGGAAACAUUGUAGACACCAACGUCGUAUAACUCUUGUUGGUGUUUCAACUCCUCGGAAAUUCUUGUCUAAUUAUAGGGGGCAUGCCAACCUCUCUCCAGAAUACCUUGAUGUCAAUCAUGUGGUGCCUUUAAACUUUAUUGAAAACAGCGCGAUAUCUGAUGUUCCCACUGAAUUCCCAACCCCCUUCCACCAACCACUGAAUCAUUUUAAUUCAAUCUUUUUAAAAAUUUUACAUCUUGUUCAUACAUCUUUCGCAGACUAUAAUUAG